AUGGAGCAACACGGCCCAGACCUGGCCUCCAGGAUCGGGCCCUGGAUAUUGCCUAAGCCGCUCCGGGAGGCGUCUCCGGAAGCCACCCCUAGCGAACGGGCCUCGCCGCCGGAGGAGACCAAGCGGCGGAGGGCGGGUGGACCGAAGGCCCGUACCGGCUGUGCAACCUGCAAGACGCGCCAUGUCAAGUGCGACGAGCGCAAGCCCACAUGCUUCCGAUGCGAAAAGGUCGGCGUGACGUGCGAAGGAUACGUGGAUCGCAUCGACAGGAGGAGAAGAAGACAAACGCAGAACGUUGUCCGCCGAACGGUCCCGCUACUCAUCGCUCCUCGCUCCACACCAUCCCAGACCGAGUCUUGCAGUUCCGCACUCGUCGUACCCACCAGGCCGCAAAUCCCUCGGUCUCUGUCGAAUUUGCCAGAGGUUUACCGCAAAGAUGGGAUCUACUUCGAUUACUUCCGCCAUCAGGUCUCCACCAACCUGGCAGGUUACUAUACCAGCCCAAACUGGUCUCACCUGGUCAUUGGUGAAGGCCUGCAAGACGACUGUAUUCAUCAUUCGAUACUUGCUGUCGGCGCCCUCAUCCGUUCUUCGCCGCAAGACACGAAACCAAGUAUACAUCGUGAAAAGGUCUUGCCACCCUCAUCGGAUGGCCAAGGUGUAACAGAACAUCGCGAGGUUGCUCUGCGACAUCAUCUACAAGCAGUGAAGUCUUUAAGAGAACGGAUGGAGUUGAUCACGGCAUCGUCACCAACGACCAUUGUCAUCACUACCCUACUACUUGUCAUUUACGAGCUGCUCCAGGGAGAGCCCAAGACAGCGCAGCUUCUCCUCAACUCAUGCCUAGGCGUUCUAAAGGACUGCAUCACCAUGUUUGAGAGCGGUUCCGUCAACAGUGAACCACAGUCUCGAGACUCCGAGUUUGACGAUAUGGAGCAUGUGCUGCCCUGCAUAGCAGCAAUGAGCCAUGUCUCUCAAUCACUCCAACCGCUCCGUCGGCAUACUCAUCCAUUCAAGAUUGAUCCCGGCUCGGACUUUCACAACCCCAAACACGAGUCUAUAUCGAAAUUCUUCAUCACAUGGGGUAGGUUUUUCACCUUUGGCGUUGGCUUUGUCGGCACCUCUGCAGAUGCGACAGCAGAAGGCGUCACACUGGAGUCCCUUGGCCAUCUUACCGCCCACCAGCAAACGUUUCUGUCGCAGUUGCAUAGGUGGAAAAUCAUCAUUCAGUACUAUAUCCAGAGUCCGAAAAUCGACACUGGAACUAAGAAGGGCCUGAGAAUUGUGCAGAUACACUGGCUUCUUCUCUACAUAACCCUGACAUGCUGUCUCGACCCAACCGAGAUGGCUUAUGACGCUUUCGAACAAGAAUUCCGGGAUCUCACGAUCCAGUGCGUCGAUCUCUAUCGCGACUGUGUAUCACAGCCACCUCCAACGUCUGUCCUGCUCGGGCAGGGUCUCAUUUUACCCCUCUGCACGGUUGUGCGCGCCUGCAGGAAUCACGAUAUCCGCAUGACGGCGCUCCAGGCCCUUGACGAAAUUCCAUCAUCUAUGGUCUCCUGGGAUGUAGUAUCAAAUAUGCACGGGAUUCUGGGGGCCUUGUUACUUGAGGAAACCGGCCGGGACGAGAGCGGAUUAGUACCGCCAGACUCGAGGUGGUUCUGGUUGGAAGAUGUUCCUGUACAAGAGACGGGCCAGGUGCAUAAGAUUUACCAGAGGCUCUCGCCAGGGCAUGAUGGUAAACCUGUCUUAACAAAACUACCUCCUACCUCCAAUAUGCGGUCAAAGAUUUGUAAGGUUGGCGGAUGCAACAAGGCACAUAUUCUGGGCCCGAUUGUCGUAGAAGACUUAUGA